AUGAAUUUAUCCAAUGAAGAACGUUUGCGUAAACUUAGUGAUGAGAAUGCCAUGACGCUUUUGCCCGCCAUUUUGUAUGUUGGGAUAUUAAUGGUGGUGGGAUUUCUAGGCAAUGGUCUGAAACUUGGGGCAGAACGUCGCACAACUAUAAUUGCUUUUUUGGUGACCACCGUGUUCGUGUUGAGUUAUCUACCUUAUCUAGGGAUAACUUUCUUUAACGAGGGGUAUAAUUAUGAUCUUCACGGAUCUUCCCUUGUAGCUUAUAACCUGUUCCUACGGUCCUACUUUGUGAAUUCUGCCGUUAAUCCAAUUAUUUAUGGUCUUCUCAACCUACAGUUCAGUCGAGCAGUGAAGGCUAUGUUCAAAAGACCGACUUUUGAUCGCAGAAUUUAUGAUGUCGGUGAGGAUAUAUAG